UAAAAAAAUCGAGAGUCGCAUUUAUCAAAAACACAAGAUUUUUAGGUAAAAGGCGCUUGUUUCCUGCUUGCGGAACGUGAUCAUCUUCCUGCUGUGCAAGGGCAUAGCAGAGCGCAGCAACUGGAUGCAACAGCCGCAACUCCAUUUCGAUAGCCAGCGCUACAGCGAAAGCGUCAAGCUGACUCCGAAUCCGAAUCCGCCGCUCCAUCAACCGCAGGGACAGCAGGGCGGUGUUCCGGUUGGUGGCGACGGUAGCGGCAGCAUGCACCUGAACAACGGAACCGUGGUGGACCACACGACGCAGAUGCAACCCACCGAAGCACCACCAUCCGGUCCGGCGAUCGCCAGCGAGGUAGAGCAAACGGUACAACCCCAGCAAUGCAUACGGCAAGGCUGCACAAACUUGGCCAUCAUAAACUCGGACUGGGAGGACGAGUACUGUAGCAGCGAGUGUGUCGUCACGCACUGCCGGGACGUGUUCGGACAUUGGGUGCAGAGCAACAGCACACCGCAGCAAACUAUCUCGACGGUGAAAUAGAUACCCCUCUCCGGCCACCGUUAUCAUCGUCGUCGAGCGAAUCACACGAUCACCAAGGCCAGUCAUCGAGGACGGAGCGUGUGGACCGUAACACCUAAGAUUCUUGUUUUUAGGCAAUCACCAUAAGCAGCAAACAGGCGAUCGGAAGAGAAAAGGGCAUCGUCAAAGCUGCUAGGAACUGAGGACAUCGGGUUGGGUAUAGCGGAUGGCAAACAAGCGACUCAAGCUGUUCAGUUACUGUUACGUUUCCGGACUGUUUCCGGCCACCCCCAAAAACACAUCCCAAAAGAUUGUGCAUUUUGGCAAUCAUAAAAUUUAAAACUAGAAGUAUCGAUUGGACUAUUCCUCUUCCGUACACGAUUUGUUGUAUUUCGGAACCUUUGAUAGGAUGUUUGAAUUCACUUUUUUAUACCUGGAAUCGAGUCGGAGAUAGUUUGCGUUUUUUUACACCUCUGAUCUCGCUGCGAGACUCACAAACCUCUCACCAAAGGUGGUCUAUUUUAGGCAAUUCGGAAUUUACUUUAGCAUUGCAACCCGGAUUCCUUGGGCAUGUUUAAGAAAAUCGAAUUUAUAGACCAUGAUAUCGUACAUGGAAAUUAUCCUGCCAAUGUCUAAACUUCCGCCGCUUUUACAUAUGUUGACCGGUUCCUCUACCGUUCUUUUAACGUGCGGAUGAAGUAUCGCAUGUAGCCUAAUGUUGUACCUAGCUAAAUCGCUCAAUCUUUUGACUACUUACUAUGAAAACACGAACUAACAUUACUAUUGAUCGUCAUGUCGCCAGGACUCUGCCAGGAAACUGGUACGACACAGUACGACGACGUAUCAUGAAUGGAGGGUGUCCUAUCUUACAGCAUGUGUAAACUAUAAUUGAACAUAAGCGAUAACGAACCGUUUCGAAACAGAUCGUUCGCGCCAAAAAACCAUAUACUUUAGAAUACAAUGAAAUAUACGUCGUAGAGUAAGAAAC